AUGUCCUGCUGCAGUCUGAGGGCCCGUCUGGCUCCGCGCGUGUCCGGACAGGUCCGAGCCGCUCACACGGGACGGGUACCUGCCGUCAGGAGGGACGACUCUCCCGUACGACCCUUCAGUGAGCUUCCCGGACAGUGGAGGAACAGCGUGGCCAAUCUCUACACGCUCUGGAAGAUGGACGGCCUCAGGAACAUCCACCGCAUCAUGCUGCACAACUUCAACAUGUACGGCCCCAUUUACAGGGAGAAGGUCGGCUACUAUGAGAGCGUGAACAUCAUCAAGCCUGAAGAUGCUGCUGUCCUGUUCAAAGCUGAGGGUCAUUAUCCCAAGAGACUCCGGGUGGAAGCGUGGACCUCGUACAGGGACCACAGGAACCGCAAAUACGGCGUCCUGCUCAAAGACGGAGAGGACUGGAAAUCCAACAGGAUCGUCCUGAACAAGGAGGUGAUUUCUCCGAAUGCGCAGGGAAACUUCGUGCCUCUGCUGGACGAGGUCGGUCAGGACUUCGUGGCACGUGUCUAUAAGAAGAUCGAGAGGACCGGACAGAACGAAUGGACCACAGAUCUGUCCCAUGAGCUCUUCAAGUUUGCUCUGGAAUCGGUGAGUCAUGUGUUGUACGGCGAGCGUUUGGGCCUGCUGUUGGACUACAUCGAUCCAGACGCCCAGCACUUCAUCAACUGCAUCACCCUGAUGUUUAAGACCACCACGCCCAUGCUGUAUCUCCCGCCGGCCCUGCUCCGUCACACAGGGGCCAAAGUCUGGAAGGACCAUGUGGAGGCCUGGGAUGGCAUCUUUAACCAGGCGGACCGAUGUAUCCAGAGCAUCUACAGACAGCUGAGGAAAAAUCCAGACGCUGGUGGGAAGUACCCUGGUGUGCUGGCCAGCCUCCUAAUGCUGGACAAACUGUCCAUCGAGGACAUAAAGGCCAGCGUCACGGAGCUCAUGGCUGGCGGAGUGGACACGACGUCUAUCACACUGUUGUGGACGCUCUAUGAGUUGGCUCGGCAUCCGGACCUGCAGGAGGAGAUCCGGGCAGAAAUCUCAGCGGCUCGCGCCUCUAAAGGAGACUUGGUGCAGAUGCUCAAGAUGGUUCCUCUGGUUAAAGGAGCCUUAAAGGAAACUCUGAGGUUACAUCCUGUAGCAGUGAGUCUGCAAAGAUACAUCACUGAAGACAUCGUCCUUCAAAACUACCACAUUCCAGCUGGGACCUUAGUUCAGCUGGGUCUCUACGCUAUGGGCCGUGAUCAUCGGAUCUUCCCGCACCCGGAUCAGUACCGUCCCUCUCGCUGGGUCCGGUCCCAGAGCCACUUCUUCAGGAGCCUGAGCUUCGGCUUCGGCCCGCGCCAGUGUCUGGGCCGCAGGAUCGCCGAGACUGAGAUGCAGCUCUUCCUUAUUCAUAUGCUGGAGAACUUCAGGUUUGAGAAGCAGAGGCAGGUGGAGGUCCGGAGCACGUUUGAGCUCAUCUUGCUGCCCGAGAAGCCCAUCAUGCUCACCAUCAAACCUCUGAACGCCGGAAGAUAGCAGAGCUGCAAACAGGAAGUGAUGUCAAAGACCGAAAUUCUUCUCCAUUUUGAUCUCAACAAACUUGAGUCAACGUUUACACACCCUCAUGAGGUUUAAAGGACCAGUUUACCCCAAAACGAAAAUUCUGUUGUUAUUUACUCAUCCUCAUGUUGUUCUAAACCUGUAAGACCUUUGUUCAUCUUCGGAACAAAAAUGUCGAUAUUUUUGAUCAAAUCAGAGAGAUAUCUGAUUUUCCAUAGACAACAACACAACUGAAAUGAUCCAGGUCCAGAAACGUAGUAAAUACAUCGGGAAAACAGUCCAUGUGACUUCAGUGGCUCAACUUUAGUUUUGUGACGCUACAAGAAUACUUUUUUUUGCACGAAGAAAAGAAACAUAAUUUACUUAAACAUCAGAUGUCGCUGUUUUAAUUUUUUUUUUAUUAUUGUAGUUAGCAUAACUGCU